AUGAAUGAAUGGAUCCAGUUUCCCCCAACAGCUGCUGAUGACAAACACAGCUACUCCCAGGAACAUCAGACCCCGUCAGAUCCAGUCCGGGAGCUCGUGGGCCCACUUCAGAGCUUGGACCAGAAGAGGGAGCAGGACAGUCGGGAUAUUGUAUGUGGCAUCUGCAUGGACAAGGUGUGGGACAAGCCAGAGGCUGAGCGGAUGUUUGGCAUCCUGCCCAACUGUAGCCACGCCCACUGCCUGGGCUGCCUGCGCACGUGGAGGAAGAGCCCUCAGAACUUCCCGCUGGACGUCAUCAAGGCCUGUCCCCAGUGCCGGGUCCAUUCCAGCUACAUCAUACCCCACAAAUUCUGGGUGAGCAAGGGGGCUGAGAAGGAGCAGCUCAUCAGGAACUUCAAGGCUCGGACCAGCCAGAUCCGGUGCCGAUUCUUCAUGCAAGGGAAUGGCCACUGCCCCUUCAAGUCUGAUUGCAUUUAUCUGCACCAGCUCCCAGAUGAAGCCCUGACCUCUGAUCCUCCCUGGACUGAGAGUGCUGGGCCCAGCAGGGUUCCCGGGGGGCACCGAGCAGGAAGACGAAGUGUUAUUCAUGGACUGUGCCUUGGCCAUGGCCUUCUGGGGUUCAGAACUCUUACUGGAUUCUGAUGAUUCCUACCUCGGCAUUCUGUAACCAGGAUCAACAUGUGGGGGAUGGGGCUGAGGGGCAGGGAUUGCUAGGUGGUAGGUCUUUUCCCUCUCAGGGCUUGGUGGGGGCUGAAAGGAGCAAACCCUCCGUGCCCAUGGAGCGCAGCACCAGCACAGCUGGGGAGCAAGGGAAGAGGUGGAGGGCUCUCGCAAAGACAAAGGGUUCACUCUCUUGCCAGGGACUUGGUUUUUAACUUUGCUCUUUUGUAAGAUUCUGAAAGAAAACCAAUAAAAUGCA